AUGGUGAGGAUCAACUUGAAUCGAUCGGAACAGUUAUUGAAGAAGUGCACUUUUCGAAACCAACAGCUGUUGACAACGGUUGCCUUCAAGUGGUGGUGCACCAGUAACGCAUCAAGCACCACUAGAAAAUUUCAUCAACAAUUGAUUCGUUUCAACAACAACACAUCAAACACUUCGACAACCACUGCUGCUGCUUGUCCCUAUCACAAGAGUAGAAGCACCACCAACGCGAUGAGUACUUGUUGUAGUACUAGUAGUCGUAGUAACAGCACUGUAAUUUCAGAUCAAUCUUUGGAAAGCUCCACCGCAAGCACAGAAAGAACCACAGGUCCUCUCAAAUCCUUUGAGGACAUUCCUGGACCCAAACCUCUUCCUCUCAUUGGUAAUUUGUGGGACUUGUUGAAAAACAAGAAAAAGUUACCCAAUGUGUGGUUCUUGGAAUUGUGUGAACAAUAUGGAUAUAUGGUGAAAUUGACUCUCCCAAAGAAUAACAUUCUCAUUAUUUCUCAUCCAGAUUUGAUCGAAGAAUUAAUGAAAAAGGAAGAACGUCGAGAUAAAUUAAUAGCCUUUCGUUAUGUGAAGGAACAACACAAUCUUGAAUUAUUACCCAUUGAGAUGAACAAGGUCAGUUUGCCUCAACUCACUGAACUUAAUGGAGAUUUCUUGAGAAUUGUUGCCGAUCAAUUGAAAAAGGUGGAUUCGAGUCAUGAGAGUGGCAAUGGUGAUGGAGGAGAACCCAAAUAUCUCAUUCCCAAUGCUUUUAAUAUCACUUCGUUAUAUACCUUUAAGGCUGUCACUAAGGUAUUUCUCGGAGUGAAAGUGGAUGAGCGUGUUGAAAAACUUCUUCCUUGGCGAAUGAAUGAAUUUGUAGAUGCUGCAGUGAGAGCGACUGAUGUUGAAAUUACCUUAGAUACAAAACCACCCUUAUACAAGCUUUACAAAACUAUAGAAUACAAAGAGAUGGAAGACUUACUUUUGAAAGUUUUCACUGGAUGUCGUGAAUUUAUCAAAGCUUUUGACAAGAAUCCAAAUCCUGACAUUCCACGAUUGAAAGAUUUGAUUGAUGAACGAGCAGCUGGAAUGGAAAAUCCUCAAAGAAAGGUAGAAGGCGUCUUGACUGCCUUUAUUAAUGGUGGUGUUGAUAUCACUUCAAGAAUGAUGGUCAAUCAAUUCUAUCGAUUGGCUCAUCAUUCCGAAUAUCAAGAAAAAUUGUAUCAAGAAUUGGUUCAAGUGUUUGGAGAGCCAACGCCAGAGGAAUUUACCUCUGAAAUGGGUCUUAACGUUUCUCAAGAACAAUACAAGAAGUUGAAAUUAACCAAGUAUUUCUUUGCAGAGAUUUUACGGGUUGAUCCUUUCAGCUACAUGACCAGUGGUAGAUGGCUCCGAGAAGAUACCGAACUGAAUGGAUAUUUAAUUCCAAAAGAUACUCGAGUGUUAGUGGUGAAUUAUUAUCCUAAUUUGAAAGAGGAGUUUGUUCCUCGAGCCAAAGAAUUCAUUCCUGAAAGACAUGAGAAGGGUUCUCCUCUCGCUCCGAAAUCUUUGUACAUUAGUUUGCCAUUUGGAAUUGGAGCUCGUAAAUGUCCUGGAAGUAGAAUUGCAAGCACCGAGAACCAUAUGGCACUCAUCAAUCUUGUCCGUCAUUUCAAAUUGAGUCAUGGCAAUCCGCAGAAAUUCCCAGAACCCAUGCUAGAUCAAUCAUUGUUGUACAUUGAUACCAAGAACAACCCAUUGUAUCUUGUUCCAAGAGAUCAUCUCAAACCAGUCCUUGAACAAUAUUUGGCCAACAAAAAACAACAACAUUAG